UAAACAUGGCGGCCUGUUUGAAAUAAGUGGAGGUCUGUCGUAGAAGGUAAAUGUUUGCGUGAGUAAAGAAUGUCACAGGAUGAGGCUGUGAUUUCCACAAAUGACGAUGCUACGACUUGUAAGAGGUUUGCUGUCCAGUUGGGUUACUGGUCAGACAAUUAAAUUCAACACUUUGCCAAACUAGGAGACAGAAAGACUCCAGAAAUAAACAGAGGUUACUAUGCUCGUGUCAAAGGUAUGCGCACUCUGCUGAACCAGUUUCUUGCUAAAACAGAAUGUAACUGUCAAGUUAUUAAUCUCGGAGCAGGAUUUGAUUCCCUCUUUUGGCUCUUAAAGGAGGAAAACUUAGCACCCAAGCUGUUUGUUGAAGUAGAUUUUGCGAGUGUGACAAGUAGAAAGUGCUACAGUAUAAGGACUAGAAGAAAACUUCAAGAAGCAUUUUCUCUAGACGAUGGCUUGAGAAUUGAUGGUAAUGAAGCUCAUUCUAAACACUACCAUCUGCUAGCUGUGGAUCUGAGAGAAAUCCAUACGUUAGAAAAAAAACUAAAAGAAACAGGAAUCGAUAAAAGCCUUCCAACAGUUUUUAUCACAGAAUGUGUCCUGAUUUAUAUGGAACCCGAACACUCAGCAGCCAUCAUUAAUUGGGCUGGAUCCAAUUUUAAAAAUGCUGUGUUUAUAAACUAUGAACAAGUGAAUAUGCAGAACAGAUUUGGUCAAGUUAUGAUCCAGAAUCUUAGGGGCAGAAAUUGUGAGCUUCUGGGAGCAAAUGCCUGUCCAGACCUCGAAUCUCAUAAACAAAGAUUUUUGUCGAACAACUGGAAUGAAGCUGAAGUCUUAGACAUGAUGGGUAUUUACAACAGUUUACCAACUGACGACAGAGCCAGAAUAGAGAGAAUAGAAUUCCUUGAUGAAGUGGAUCUUUUACAUCAACUUCUCUCUCAUUACUGCAUAUCUUGGGCUAUGAAUGAUGCCUCCCAACACGGUUUGUCAAGCAUUUCUUUUGGGACUUAAGCUGUGAUUCUUGUUGACUGCAUUUAAUUUUUCUGAAAUGGACUUUAAGAACUUCAAAAUACUUGGCAAUAAAGAGCUUUUUGAUAACAAGCGAA